AUGGAGAAUAAUACUUGUCAAGAUUCCGAAGGUGAAAUGGAAAGUGAUAAUAACUCUGAAAUGCAACAUGCAAAGGAAGAAGCUGAAAAAACAAAAAUUUGAGAUGAAAAUGGGAAGAGAUACCCCAUUUGUAGUACACCUUUGUCUAAAAUAAGAAAUUAUGGACUUGGGUUUUGGCUCUACAUGCUUUUUCUGAAAUCUAUUGCUGUUAUCAGUGUUAUAUUAUCUAUCUUAGUGACCCCUGUUGUGGUCACUAAUGGAAUCGUCAACGGAGUCCCAUCUGAUGAAAGGAAUGGUUUAUUUGACCGCUUCUGAUUAGCAAGUCACACAAACGAGGAGAAGCCACAAAACUUCAUUACUGAUGAAAAGCUAGCAGGAGACAUAGUGUUGUUCACAGAUGUGCUAUACUCACUUACCUUUGCAUUGUGAAUACUAAUCCUACAUAAAUAUUUUAAUAAAAGAAUCGAUGAGGCUGAGUAUGAGCUCACAUUUAUGAAUGAUUACUCUGUUGAGAUCAAAGGUAUCCCUAAGAACGGUUUCACAGACCAACAACUGAUCGAAUAUCUCCAGCCUUAUGGAGGCAGGGUGGUUGAGAUCAAUUAUGCAAGAUACUUUGGAAAUAUGCUCAUUGAUUAUAAAAAAUUGUCUGAGCUGAAUAAAAAGAUUGCUCUUGGAGGUAAGAAUAAGUUGAAGCUAACUGAGAAGCAGUCCAAGCUUGCUCAGUCUAUUCUGCAGAAAUAUCCGAAUGAUACCUGCAUCAAAGAUCUUGAUAAAUUGUGGGCUUAUGCUGUGUUUGAGAACCCCAAGAAGAAAACAAGAGCUAUUGCCAAAUUCUCCUAUGCUAAUAGAAGAAAGUUGUGGGAGUAUGACGUUGAGAAGAAGAAAUACAGGUUUUGUGUAGCCACUCGGAAAUUCAGAAAGUUCUUAGGAAAGCAUCGGAUACAUCUCAAGACAGCUCCAGACCCUACUGAGAUCAUCUGGGAAAAUCUAGAAAUCACGUCUAAGAAUAGGUGAUGUAGAAGAUUCAUUGUGUUCGCAGUUGUUGGUGUCCUUCUCUUGAUUGGAGGGAUGAUCAUUUAUAGUAUCAGAGCAAGCCAGGACAAGAUGUCUGAUACAAACAGCUGGAGGACUCUGAAUACAGUCAACUCUAACGAUAUCGGAAAGAGAUUCAAGACACAGACACUGAUGAACUUGAUAAUCUCGAUCGUAAUCUUUGGGAUUAACGAGCUGAUAGAAUUAACUUUCGUCACAUUGGUAUAAACAAAGUGACUAGACAUGGAUACAAAACCACAAUGAAU